UCUAGUGUUCUCCAAGAAUAUUGAGAUGGAGAAGCAGGAAAGCAAGCAGGCUUCAAUGUUGAUGUGGGUUUUGGCCGCUGGCUUGCUUUCUCACAACUUGGCGUUCCCUGUAUUGGCCACAACCUUUGAAGAUCAAAAGAACUACUACUCCCCAGACCCACAUUCAAGAAGUCCCCCUUCUGGUCUCUCCCUCUCUCUCUCUCUCUCUCUCUCUCACACACACACACACAGGCACUCGACCCCUUCACAUGGUUCAGGAGGUAGCUCUGUUAACCCACCAUCUCACUCAACGCCAUCAACUCCUUCAGGUGGAGGCUACAAUCCAACACCAUCGAUCCCUUCAGGUGGAAAUUGUGGAACCCCGCCAAGUGUACCUACUCCAUCAACACCAUCAAACCCUCCGCGAGGAGGUGGAUACCACCCCACCCCUCCAACCACAGGAGGCAGUCCCCCAACACCAGUCAUUGUAAGCCCACCAACCACCCCAAGUAUUACUCCAGGCACCCCUUUCACCCCCACGCCUCCGUUCAUUCCUGACCCAAAUUCACCCUUCUCAUGCAAUUACUGGAGAACUCACCCUGCACUAAUAUGGGGUGUUUUGGGCUGGUGGGGAACAAUGGGAAACGCAUUUGGUGUGACUAGCUUGCCAAGAUUUGGAACGAGUAUGACCUUGCAGCAAGCACUUUCAAACACACGUACUGAUGGGUACGGGACACUCUACCGAGAAGGUACUGCUUCCUUGCUCAACUCCAUGGUGAGCAACAGGUUCCCUUUCACAACCAGGCAAGUCAGGGAGAAUUUUGUUGCUUCACUAGCCUCCAACAAGGCUGCAGGAGCACAGGGACAUCUUUUCAAGCUGGCCAAUGAGGGCAGACUCAAGCCCAGAGUCUGAUGAUAGAUUAUCUUUUGUUCAUGUUCAUGUUCACAGUUCAGUUUGUGGAAAGCAUAAUUAAUUGGUAUAUCUU